UUUCACCCGGCCAAGUCUGGACCCAACUAGAAAAGAAAAGGCAGAAGGGUCCAUGUUUCUUCUCCCUCGCAUGCCAUAGCUUUCUAUCUUUUGACUUCUCACCAGCGCCCUCUCUCUCUCGGCAAGAUCCUUUCUCGCCAUUGUCACCCUUGAUUCACCCCUACUCAUUUUCCAUCAAUCUCUCUCUCUCUCUCUUUCCCCAUCUACGUCGGAUUCUGUCUUUAGGUUUUUGGACGUGGUCUAAAAACCACAUUUUAUUUUUCAAUCUUAUCAAACAAUGGCUGCCUAUUCCGCCGUCGCUGUCUUCCGGCAUACUCUGGAGCAGCUGCUGGGUUCCGAGCAGUUUCCUCCUCACGUUUCUAAGAGUCAAAUCACAUUCCUCCAUGAGAACGUCUGCUCCUUGCAAUCCUCUCUCGAAAAAAUCCCCUUAGUUCCCAAGUCAAAAGGAGAGAAAAUGAAGGAUUUGCAAACUAGAAUCAGAGAAGCCAUCUACGCAGCUCAAGACGAGGUUGACUAUUGGGUCAGAGGCCAUUCGCCACAUGAAAUGACUAUGAAGAAGCUUGAAGUCGAUAUACAACUAGUAGAAAAAGAUGCUGCCGAUAUGGAGCAGGAGACCAGAGACGCUCAGGAUGUGUUAGCCGAGGAUCCUGUCUUGGUGAGUGAUUCGUUCAAAAUCAGCGGCAGAGAUAAGAUCGUGGGGCACGAGGAAGACUUCAAAACGGUGAUAGAUUGUGUGCAGUCUGAAGUAGAUGCGCUUGUAGUGAUUCCCAUCAUUGGGCUGCCUGGCAUCGGUAAAACGACUCUUGCUAGGAGUAUCUACAGUGACAAACGAAUAAGGGAAAGUUUCAUGAUUCAAGCUUGGGCCCAUGUAUCACAAGGCGUCGACUACCAAACGUUAUUAUUAAAGAUCUUAAGUAGCAUAAACAUCAUCAGAGGCUAUGAAGACGACAAGGACAAAUUGCUCCUUAAACUGUAUGAGACAUUGUACGGUAAGAAGUACCUGAUCGUGCUGGAUGAUGUCUGGGAUUCAAUAUUUUGGGAUCAGGUGAGAUCGGCGUUCCCGGAUAACAAGAACGGCAGUCGAAUUCUUCUCACCACCAGGUUUUCCACUGUGGCUGCAACAGUUAAAACCUCUAGUUUUGUUCAUGAGAUGAAGCCGCUGGGGCUGGAACACAGUUGGGAGUUGCUGUGUUAUAGGGUAUUUGGUGAUAAACUUGAAGACUACAAGGAUGAAAUUACCAAAGCCUGCCCUGCUCACUUGAAGGAUACUGGAAGGAGAAUCGCUGACAACUGUAAGGGUCUUCCUCUCUCAAUUACGGUGAUCGGUGGCCUACUCUCUCGGGAGAGAUUGGACCCCGACUACUGGAAACGGAUUGAACAAGAUACUGCUGGUUUUGCUGCAACUGGUGACGUCUCUUACAUGGAGAUCUUGUCUCUCAGUUACAAUAACUUGCCUGCUUAUCUCAAAGGGUGCUUCCUUUACAUGGGAGCAUUCCCUGAAGAUGCUGAGAUACGUGUCUCUAAACUCAUCAAACUUUGGGUUGCUGAAGGCUUCUUCCCAAAACCAUCACUGCCCACACAAACCAUGGAACUCGUGGCACACAAAGCAUUGGAGGAUCUUAUAGGCAGAAAUCUCAUCGCAAUUAGCGAGAAAAGCUCCAAUGGUGGAAUCAAAGUUUGCAGGAUGCAAAAUAGUUUACGGCAAUUGGCAGAGAUAGAAUCCGGAAAAGAGAAGUUCUUCCAUUGCAGGAAGAAGUAUAAUCAGAUACUAGAAGAAGGCAUGAAGAAACAGAGGCGGGUGUCCGUUCACAUAAACCUUCUCAUGAGCCUCGAAGAAGUUUACGAGGCCACAAAAACAAUCACAUCUGCACGCACUCUUCUCUACCUAGGACCCCAUCACCACCACCCAUUGCCUUACUGUUUAACAUUCGAUCUUCUCAAAGUGUUGGAUGCCUUCACAGUCUACUUUGUUGAGUUUCCUGAUGAAUUUUUUCAACUUGUUCAUUUGACAUACCUUUCCCUUACCUACAAUGACGAACUUCCUCCAGAGAUAUCCCUACUCCAGAAACUCCAGGUCCUCAUGGUUCGUCGGAAACCCAAGCUCAUAUUCAUUGGGGUAUCUUUCUUGCCGGAUGAAAUCUGGGAGAUGCCGGAGUUGAGGCAUCUCUGGUUUACAGAAAUUGAUUUUCCUGCUCUACCACAAAACAUUCCUCAAAACAAAGCCUUGCUUUUAAAUCUUCAAACUCUUUCAUACAUCAAUGCUGCUUCUUGCACUAGGGAUGUUCUUAGAAGAAUGCCUAGUUUGAAAAAAUUAAGUGUGUGGGCCGAAGCACCAGGUGUUAUAGGCCUUUAUUUAGACGAACUGGAGCAGCUCGAAGCUUUCAAGUUCACUGUCUUGCAUCCCAGCCCUAACAAACAAGUUGAAUUUGAGCCUGAAAUUUCAUUUCCUCAAACAUUGAGGAAGCUGAGUUUAAGUGGUUGUGGACUUCGUUGGGAUGCAAUGGAAGUUGUUGCUGCACUGCCGAAUCUUGAAGUCUUGAAACUGCGAGAGCUUGCUUUCAAUGGCGAAGAAUGGUGCCUGGAAAACCACUGUGUGUUUGAGAAGCUCAAGUUCAUGCUGAUUGAAUACCUCAAUUUUAAGAGGUGGAGUGCUGAUCAUACCCACUUUCCGGGGCUCGAGCGACUGUAUCUAAGGCAUUGCUAUGAGUUGGAGGAGAUCCCUUCGGAUAUUGGGUUCAUAGGAACCCUUGGGCUGAUCGAACUGGUUGACUGCAGUCCUCAAGCUGUGGAAUCAGCAGAGGUAAUCAAGCAAGAACAGGAGGUCGACGGUGGGAGACAGGGCUUUCAAGUUCGUAUAUAUUGUUCUUAUGAAUAGAUUAUACCCUUCCCGGUUUCGUUGUCUAGGUUGUGAUUCGGGAAGAGAAUUCUGCAUUAUAGCAGUGAAUUGGUCUUUUGAUAGAUCGAUGAACCAGGCUUGUAUCAAGUAGUGUAACUUGGAUGUGAGAAGUCAUCUAACUUCAAAUCUCCAUAAACAUUGGAAACCAAAGAUGCUAUGGUUGUAAUUUGUCGGUGUAGUUUACAAAUGACUAGUCUCCUUCAUUGCUCUUGACAGUGAUGAAUUUGUGAAUUUCUUUGGCUUGGCUUCAAAUUCUCGUCUGUAAUGAUUGAUAUGUGUGCUAUUAUAAUGUUAUUUAUGGUAAUAUCCAGAUUUCUAAUG